AUGAGAGGAAAAACUUUAAAUCCUUUCAAUGUUCAUUAUAGUGGUUACACCCGUUUAUCUGCCAACGAUGGAAAGUGGCAUCACAUCUGCGCAGCAUGGGAGAAUACCGCUGGAUCGUGGAAAUUGUUCAAGGAUGGUUAUUUGGGGGCUAAUGGUACAGGAUUAGCAAAAGGCCGAUUGAUCCGCGGAGGUGGACACCUUGUACUUGGACAGGAUCAAGACAAAUUGGGAGGAGACUUUGAAGAACAUCAAAGUUUCAUCGGUGAAAUGGCAGAUGUCAAUAUCUGGAAUCACAUGAUUUCAGACCAAGAAAUCAGGCGCAUGUCCAAAUCGUGCCUGACAGGGACGGGGAAUUUGUUUCAGUGGAGCGACUUCAAAUAUCACCGAAUGGGCUCGGUGCAGAUAGUUCAGCCUUCUUGCUUAAAUUGAAAUGCGUAAUGCUCUACUGAAGUUGAACUUUUAGUCGUAUUUAGUUAGUUUUAGGAUUGUUUCAUUAAGUU